AUAGGAUAAAAUAUUAAGAUGUAUUUCAUGAUUACUAGUUUUAUUUUUAGUCUGUGUUUUUCUAUUAUUUAAUCUGUGGACAUGUUAUCUGUAGACUGUAGAUUUUUGGUUGUCUAUGACUUGACUUUGUGUUUUGUGGUACGAUGUAAUGGAGGAUUGUUGAAAUGUAUUUUUGAUAUGUAACCGGUGUCUGGGAAAUAAAUCGAUUGGGCGAAUUUGGCUUUUCAUUUACACCAUCCCCACAUAAUUUGGGGGCUCGUCCGGGAUACGGGAUGGUGGAAUAAAGAAAAAACAGACGAAGACUAUGAUGCCGGUGAUUUAACCUGAUUAUGAAUUUACGAAUUACGAACGAAGACUAAGAUUUAAAGAAGCUUAUGAUUAUACGAUUACGACUUGAAGACUAUAAAACUUUUUAUUUACAUUAUUCAACAUGCCGCCGAAACGAGUAAAAGAUGAUGAUGAUUGUGGUGAACCAUCGCCGCGUAUUUCCUUCAAUGACUUAGAGAAAUCAAUGACGCCAUUUUCGGGUGAUGAUGCCUAUGGCAUCGAAACAUUCGUAAAAGAUUUUGAAGAUAUUUCCUCUUUAAUGCAAUGGGGCGAAAUAGAAAAACUCAUAUUUUCGAAGCGGCUUCUCGCGGGAACCGCCAAGCUAUUUUUACGUUCACUAAGUGGGACCACCACGUGGGAUACACUUAAGUCUGAGCUCCGUGAGGAAUUUGGUAAGAAGUUGAACAGUGCAACUGUUCACAAGAGACUUUCAACUCGCCGGAUGAAGAUGAAUGAGACUCAUCAGCAAUAUUUUUUACAUAUGAAGGAACUUGCAGUACUUGGGAAUGUUGAAGAUGAAGCCCUGAUGGAAUAUGUCAUCGACGGUAUUAAAGACAGAAGAUUCAAGGUGAAAAAUUGUUAUCUUAUAGUUCAGGAACAACAGAAACUUUAACUGGAAUAGCUGAAAAGGAAAUUUAUACAAAAGGAUCUUUCACAGCAAAAAUUGAAAUUGAUGAUUGUUAUUUUGAAACUUUAUUUUAUGUUGUUGAUGAUGGCGCUAUCCCUGUCAACAUUAUAUUAGGAAAUCCUGUACUGAAAGAAGUAGAAAUCAAUUUUAAAUCUGGAACUAUCACUGCAACAAGAAUAUUACACCUUACAAUGCUAGAGAAUGAAAAUGAAGAUAUCACAAAUGUUGAAAAUAAAGAAUAUAAGAAUAAAAUACAGAAUAUUAUAAAAGAAUAUAACCCCAAAAGAUGUACUAAA